AUGGCUUCAUCAUCAGGGGUUACUAGUAGUAGAAUUAAUAGUAGUUCUUCACCUGCCGUCUCCCGUCGUCCUUCAUCUUCUUCUUAUGAUGUGUUUAUCAAUUUCAGAGGUCCAGAUACUCGCACAAAUUUUGUCAGUCUGCUUUACAAAGCUCUAAUAAAAGAUGGAAUCGAUGCCUACAGAGAUAGCGAAGAACUCUGGGAAGGAGAUGAGAUUUGCCCAUCUCUUCUAAGAGCAAUCCGAAGGUCUGAAAUCUCAAUUCCUGUCAUCUCUGAAAAAUAUGCAGAGAGCAAAUAUUGUCUCUUGGAACUUGCUGAGAUUUGGGAGUGCCGUAAAUCUAACGGUCAAACCAUUCUACCUGUAUUCAUUAAUGUUGAACCACGGGACGUUCGACAUCAGACCGGAAGUUUUGAGGUUCCAUUUCAGGAACACCAGAGGAAGUAUAAGUCUGAUGACGUAGAGAGUUGGAAGAAUGCUUUGAAAAAGGUGGGAGAUCUAAAGGGAUGGACUCUCAAGCGGGACGCAACCAUUGAGGAUCAGUCAAAUUUAGUCGAGUUAAUUGUUCAAAGGGCUUUGAGAGAACUAAAACGCACCCCAUUGGAUGAAUGUAAACACCCUAUUGGAAUAGAUUCCCACAUUGACACACUACUUUCUUUGUUAAAUACUGGUUCCAAUGAUGUAAGAUUUGUGGCAAUAUGUGGCAUGGGCGGCCUUGGAAAGACAACUAUUGCAAAGGCUAUCUAUAAUUACAUCUAUAGAAGAUUUAAUGGAAGUAGCUUUCUUAUGGAUGUGAGAGAAGAAGCUUCACAAGGAAAUAAGGGUUUAGUUUCUUUGCAGAAGCGACUUCUUAAAGAUAUCUUGGACAGGGACGAAGACAUAAGCAAUUCUUCUCAAGGAUCAAAAUUGUUAGAAAAGAGACUUCAUAGAGAAAAAAUUCUUCUUAUUCUCGAUGACGUGGACAAUUAUAAACAACUUGAUGCAUUAGCUGGUGGAAUAAAUUGGUUUGGUCAAGGAAGCAGGGUCAUCAUAACAACUAGAGAUGACCAUUGUUUGAAUGUGCAUAAAGCUGAUAAAGAUAUCAAAAUUUAUAAGUCUGAAGUACUAAAUACUGAGAAUUCUCUUCAACUCUUUAGUCUGCAUGCCUUUUCAAUGAGCAAACCUCCUGAAGAUUUUAAGGAGCUUUCAUGUAAGGUCGUGCAACAUGCUGGUGGAUUACCCUUAACCCUAGAGGUGUUGGGUUCUUUUCUAUGUGACAAAAACAAAUAUGAAUGGAAAGAUACAUUAAGAGGAUUGAAAGAUAUCCUUGAUAACAAGGUCUUUGGAAUGUUGAUAAGAAACUACGACGAUGAGGUCUUUGCACGAAGAAGAAGCAAUUCCAGAUGUCAUUUUAUAUUGUGA